AUGGAGAAAUUGAAGACGUUGCUGGUCGCGAAUCGAGGAGAGAUUGCGGUGCGGAUAUGCAAGACAGCGCGCAACCUUGGUAUCAAGACGAUUUCAAUCUACACAGGAGCAGACGCCGCAUCGGCUCACGUUGGGGCCGCAGACGAAGCUGUUUUGCUCUCCGGACCAGAUGCCAAGGGGUACAUCGACACAGAACAAAUCAUUGAAAUCGCCAAAUCCAAAGGAGCAGACGCCAUCAUCCCAGGCUAUGGAUUUCUAUCCGAGAACACUGACUUCGCCAGACAUGUUGCCGAAGCGGGGAUGGUGUUCGUUGGACCCAGUCCCAAGUGUAUCGACGACUUCGGCAUCAAGCAUACGGCUCGCGAACUUGCUGCAAAAGCGAAUGUCCCCAUCGUCCCGGGAACCAAAGGCCUUGUCAAAUCAGAGGAUGAAGCGGUUGAGGAAGCGAACAAACUGGGGUUUCCGGUUAUGCUCAAAGCUACAGCAGGCGGAGGCGGUAUGGGUUUGCUAACGUGCAAGGACGAAAACGAAGUCCGUCAGUCGUUCAAGACAGUUCAGUCGCGUGGUGAGACUCUGUUCAAAAACUCGGGCGUCUUCAUAGAAAGGUUCUACCCUUCUUCACACCAUAUCGAAGUGCAAGUCUUUGGCAACGGGCAAGGUGAAGCAAUACAUUUUGGAGAGCGUGAAUGUUCGAUUCAACGACGACAUCAGAAGGUCAUUGAAGAGUGCCCCAGCCCAUUCGUGGUGAAACAUCCCGAACUCCGGGAGAAGCUAGGCUCAGCUGCUGUCCGUCUGGCCGACUCAAUCAACUAUGGUUCGGCUGGGACCAUCGAGUUUCUCGUGGAUGACGAGUCCGGUGCCUUCUUCUUCCUCGAAAUGAAUACGCGUUUGCAGGUUGAGCAUGGCAUCACUGAGAUGUGCUAUGGGAUUGACCUUGUGGAGUUGAUGCUGAAGCAAGCCGACGCAGAGCUUUCCGGAAAGGGUGGCCUCGAUGGUGACUAUCUCCGCAGUCUGCAGCCCAAGAAUCCCUCAGGGGCAGCAAUCGAGGUACGAGUCUACGCUGAGAAUCCGGCAAAAGACUAUGCACCUUCACCAGGCACACUUCAACAUGUUUCCUGGAAGCAAGUUCCGGGCUCAAGAAUUGAUGGCUGGAUCCACACGGGGACGAAGGUCACUUCAUUCUACGAUCCUUUACUGGCUAAAGUCAUGGUUCACGCGUCCGACCGAACGAAAGCCCUCAAAUUGAUGUCUGAAAUGCUCGAAGGCUCCAAGAUCUUCGGACCACCGACAAAUAUCGAGUUCUUGGAGGCCAUCUUGAAAGACAGCACAUUCCAGUCCGGCAACACAAUGACAAAAUUUCUAGAGACGUUCAAUUUUCAGCCUUCGGCGAUCGACGUCCUUCAAGGUGGUGCAUACACCUUGAUAGAAGACUGGCCUGGGCGUCCCACCAUCGGAAGAGGUUUCUCACAUUCUGGCCCCAUGGAUCCUCUAGCAUUCCGAAUAGCUAAUGCGCUCGUUGGCAACCCUCCCGGCAAGGAAGGCAUUGAGAUCACCUUGAGUGGACCGGAUCUCAAAUUCCUUGGGCCUGCCAUAGUGGCCAUCUGUGGUGCGCCAAUGGAGGUCAAGCUAGAUGGCAAAAAUGCACCUAUGUGGACGCGCCUGAAGAUCAAAGCCGGCCAGCGACUCACCAUCGGCAAAACGACUGGAGGAGGAUGCAGAUCCUAUUUGGCAAUAUACGGCGGUCUCCCCAGCAUUGCGACGUGGUUCGGGUCGAAGGCAACGGCGCCCAUGACUGCCGUCGGUGGUUACCAGGGAAGAGCCCUUGCAGCUGGCGAUUUCCUGGUGAUCACUGCGGACCUGCCCAGUGUCAGUGGCGAGCUUAGACUACCAGACAACUUGAUACCGUCUUACCCCGAAGAAUGGGAUCUUCUGGCCAUGCCCGGCCCUUAUGACGAGGGUUUUGUCACCAAUGAGUCCAUCGAGGAGUUCUACAACAGCACGUGGACUAUUUCACACAAUGCCGCUCGAGGAGGCAUCCGGCUGAUUGGCCCGAAACCAAAAUGGGCACGCCCCGAUGGAGGAGAGGGCGGCGCCCAUCCUUCAAAUGUCAUCGAGUAUGGAUAUCCCGUUGGCACCGUGAACUGGACGGGGGACGAUCCCUGUCUCUUCCCCAUCGACGCGCCCGACUUUGGUGGAUUCGUGUCCGCGACGACAAUCGUGAAGGCCGAUUAUUGGAGACUCGGUCAAAUGAAGGCUGGCAACAAGCUGAGGUUCAAGAGGGUUUCGUACCACGAUGCCAUUGCGAAACGAAAGGAAGUCGAAGACUUUCUAGGUUCGAUCCACGACUGCUGCCAGGGGAAAGGCAGCUUCGAGCAUGUUUCACCCCUGAAGUAUGAAGGAUUCCCUCCCUCCGUCGAGAGUAAAGGAUGGGAGCCUGCAGUCAUUCACCAAAUCCAAGAACAGGGCAACCAACCGCUCGUCUCAUAUCGACAGGGCGCUGACGACUUUAUCCUGAUCGACUACGGUCAUGGCUCCUUCGAUCUCAACUACCGAUGCCGUGCAGUCGCACUGUAUCGGAAGCUCAGGGAAAACAUCGGAGAGAUAUCGUUCUCCAAUGGUGCAAUGCAUACUGGAAUGGCUUGUGGAAACUCGCUGAUGCUGUACUAUGACUCUACCAAAGUCCCCCGCCAGAAGAUGUUGGAUUAUCUUCUCCAGCUUGAGAACGAACUCGGCGAUCUGAGUGAAGCCAAAUUUCCAAGCCGCAAGUACAAACUCCCCAUCACGUUCCAGAGUAAAAGGCAGAAGGAAAGUCUCCAGAGGUACAUGGAGACGCAAAGACCGUACGCCUCAUAUCUGCCUGAUCCGAUGGAAUUUGUGGCAAAGAACAAUGCAUUUACUCUUCAACAGCUUCGAGACAUAUACACAAAAUCGUCAUUGAUGGUGGUGGCUGUGGGGUUCUUUGUGGCUCUUCCAAUCGCUCUGCCCAUCGAUCCUCGACAGCGUAUCCAGUGCCCCAAAAUGAAUCCGUCCAGGGUACACACUCCGGAGGGGCAAGUCGGCUGGGGCGGGUCCUGCAUGGCGUUAUACAACGUCGAGUCGCCCGGCGGCUACAUGAACACAGGACUUUCCAUCCCGGGCGCUGACAUCCUGGGUUUCAAGAAAGGCUACAGCCCUGAGAAGCCGUGGCUGUUCGAAGACUUUGACCAGAUCACUUUCUACGAAGUGAGCGAGGAUGAGUAUGAGGGGAUGAUGGCCACUUUCCGAAGUGGACGGUACGAGUACGAAUACGAGGAUACAGAAUUCGACAUGAAGGAACACAACAAGCUCCUCAGGGAGACCAAGGACGAAGUGGCGCAGAUCCGUGCCAAACAGCGCGAAGCACAGGCGGAAAUGGACAAGCUGGAGAAGGAACUUCUUGAGAAGUGGAAUAAGGAGAAAGAAGAGGGGAAAAUCAGCAUGGAUACAGUGGAGGAGCUGCUACAUGAUCCGGAUAUCAUCCCUGUCGAAGCUCCAUUGAACGCCAACGUGUGGAAAGUCGAGGUCAAGGAAGGCGACAGCGUCAAGUUGGAGCAGGUAGUCUCGAUCCUGGAAGCAAUGAAGCUCGAAAUCCCCGUCAAGGCGGAGCAGAGCAUGGAAGGAGCAACGGUGGAGAAAUUGCUGGUCAAGCCAAACGAUGUCGUGCAGGCUGGGAAGCCACUGAUGCUUCUUCGCAGACCUACCAAGGGAUGA